AUGCCUCAAAAGAAAAACAAUAAUAAUGAAUCCUCAGCUUGUGCUGAUAGCUGCAGUAAACCAGCUAUCAGCCAACCUAAAGCAGGACACUAUAUAUGUCUGUCUCACCAACCUUCAGAUUGCUCAAUGGAAUGUACAAGCUGCCACAGCGGUAUUUGUAAUUCCCAAAGUUGUAAGGCAGUCAAAAUUUUGGAUGACUACGAAGAGCCUGCGAAAGUAUCAGAGGUGAACGUUUCUAAAGGUCAAUUGGGAAAAUGCGAUAAAUGUGGCGCAGAACCGCCAAACGUACACGCUGGUAACCAGACUUCGAGAAGUUCAACUGGAUUCAAUGGACCUUGCAGCACGUGUAGCCGCUCGACAACAUUUUCAUCAGAUAAAUUAAAAAGUACGGAAUCGCCGUCCCAACGAUCAUUCAGAAUUCCUCCCACGACCCCUGUAAAACCUCAUUCCUGUGGAAUUACACGUCCUCCAGAAGAGCAAUCGCCGCCCCAACCAUCAUCGAGAACACCUCCCACGACCCCUGGAUUACCUCAUUCCUGUGGAAUUACAUGUCCUCCAGAAGAGCCGCCUCGGAAUGAAAGAAAAUUAUCCACUCGAUCGCUACCAGAAUGCUGCCAGGAAAAAAAUUACCCAAAACAGCAAGUAGAAGGUAAUGUAUCCUCACAAAAUAUAAAAAGACAAUCAGAUGGUAGUGGCCGAUUAUCAACUUCUAUACCACCUCCGCCUCCGGAACCAGCACGCUGUACGAUGGCUGGUUGUCCAGUUGCUUGUAUACCAGAAGAGAAAAAUCACUCGGAUGUUCCUGCUCACGAGACGUCCAAAGUCUACACCAUGCCCCUACAUCCACCAAGUUUGACGCGCAGGCAGGGAAGCAACAUAGCCGCAAACGCCAAUCAAAUAAUAACAUCGAGUUUAUUAAGGAAGAAUAGUAAUCAAAAACAAAAUGUAAAGAAGAGAAGCAAAGAUAGCAAAACGAGUAUUAAAAGUAAUGCUUCUUCCAAAUGCAAAUGUCCAGAUAAAACGAAGGCACAGGCAGGAUGUGACUGUCAUUAUCCGCCCGCUUUUCAGCAUUACUUUCAAUGUGCAGGGACUAUCACUGGCGUUUGUUGUUGUUCGGAACAUAAAUAA